GCAGCAGGAACACACAAAAUUCGCUUUGGACUGGCCGAAACGUUGUGUUUGAUCCCGCUGUGAAGCGAGAACCGGCAGUAACAGUGUCGGGAAUGUGAAGUAUUUCUUCUUGUUUUGAAGUAAACCAGUCAGAUGAUAGUUUGGUUUCGGUUCGGCAGUCGGGGAAUGCUUCCAGCUUCUGCUGGAUGAAAGUUAUUUUGUUGUUUGAACCGCGUUAGUGCAGUUGAACAAUUGGAUUCUGUUCCAGUUUUAUUGAUGUAACGUCGACCCCGGGUUCUGUACAUGGCUACUGUUCACAGCCCCCAUUAGACACCUUUUUUUAACUCUCCAACUAAAGAGAAGACGAGGCAAUCAUGGCUGAUGUCCUACCUAACGCGAUAUUGGAAAUUUGUGUUGUUGUUGGAGCAUCUGAUGAAAAACUGAAGGAAAUAUGCCAGGCAGUCCAAAAAGAUGUUGCUCAGUUACAUAAUUGUCUUAGCCCAGAGGUUCGCUCAGCUCAUGUUCCUCCAUUUAUUACUCGAGACAUCCCUCACUGUGGUCACAUUGCUCCAAGUUUUACUAGAACUCCAAGACACCGCUCGUUCAGGAGGAAAAAGGAUUUUAAACAUGCAACAUCCGGCAUAAGCAGUACAAAUGCAGGUCACAAAGAGCCACAGACUGAAGAAAUUAGCAUUCCAAAUAAUAUAGAUCUCCAAGGACUGCCUCAAUUAUGUUUCCCAGGAGAACUGCAAAUAGAAACUGAACCAAGAGAGGAUCACUAUCACUACUUGGUGUUCACAGAUGUUUUUGGAACAAGAACCUAUGGUGUGGUGGUGCAGUUUUAUAGACCUAUUCAGGAAGGAAACAGUUUUCCGAAUGGGCAAGCGCAUUGGGAUGCAGCUGUGCAAAAGUCUAGGAUGUCUUUAUAUGCUCCUUUCAGUAUUUGUGUGAUAUCUAAAUUUCCUUACUUUACAGCCUUUAAGGAUUCUCUCUCCUGUCUCACAAUGCAAGUGAAGUCAUGUCAUCAGGUGGACUUUGAUCAUAAAGUUCACCAAUUUGCAGCAAACUUAGCAUUGGUUCCCAGUCCACCACCUGGAACUCUCCAUUUGGUAUUUAAUUUGAAACCUCUGCAGAUUGUGUUGCCUUCAAAGGAGGAUCCAAAAUACCCUACAGUAGAUUUGGACCUUCACAUUCCUUUUCUCUGCUUCAAACCUGAGUGUAUCCUUAAGAUCCUGACAUGUUUUUUAAUUGAACAGAGGAUAGUCCUUCUGUCAGCUGAUUGGGCUUUGCUGACACUUGUUGCAGAAUGUUUUAUUCUGUAUCUUCAUCCACUUCAGUGGCAACAUACCUAUGUGCCUAUCCUGUCCAAAGGCAUGAUGGAUUUUCUAAUGGCACCAACAGCUUUUUUGAUGGGCUGCCAUAUUGAUUACUUUAAUAACAUUAACUCUGAAAUUGAAGGCUUAAUAUUGGUGAACAUCGAUGAAGGAACUAUUAAAUCAUCAGACUUGUCAGAUAUCAAAAUAGAUAUGCCUGAAAUUCCUUUAGAAGCAGCAGAAUGUUUUUUACAAAGGACAGAAAGUCUACAGUUGUAUUAUGAUCUGGAGUUAUCUCACUUGGGUUCCAGCACAGACAUUUCAGAGUUACGCUUGCGCAGAAGGGAAUGGCAACAGAACCUGAACUUUCAAAUUCAGCAAAUAUCCUUGGAACUGAUGGUUAACAUCUUCAGGGAAGUAUCAGACUUUCUUAAUUAUGAAUAUCGCGUCUUCAACAGUGAAGAAUUUUUGAAGACCAGAACCAAUUCUGAUCGGUCUUUUUACAAAAAGGUUUUGGAGACAUAUAUAUUUCAUUCUUUCCUUAAAGCUCGUUUGAGUGGAAAGAUGGAUGCUUUCAGCUAUGCGGAACUCACCAGUUGCUCCGAAAAUGACAGAGGAAAGAUGCUAGCUAGUCCGCGGAGGCCUACAAUGGAAGAAAUGGCCAUGAAGAGGGAGCGCAAUUCUGACUUCUUCAUGAUUAAACGACUUGUUGCAAGCAUGCCAAAUCUACCAGUGGACACCUUGCACGAUUUUUCGAUUGUUCAUCUGUCUACGGGGAAGAACAAGCAUGAAAAUGCUUUAAAAAAGAGCAUGAAAUCAACAAGAUUUAAGCUGCCAGAGUUUAGUUGCCCUCUGACACAUUCCGGUGUGAUUGACUGGUAUACAGAAUUUACCAUCUUGUUAAGCAAAGCCAUGAGUUCCACAGGGCCAGAAAACUCAAGUCUCUUGGCAAGAUAUUACUAUCUUCGUGGGUUGGCUUAUUUGAUGCAGGAAAAGUUUCAAGAGGCACUUUCAGAUUUCCAGAACCUUUACAAGACUGAUCGUGACAUUUUCCCUAAACAACUUGUAAAGAAAGUGAUUGGUGCAAUGUCUCCAAUUCAACGCAAACAUGCAAGUCGAAAGCCAGAACUAAAGCGACUUAUUAGCAUAAUGUUAGAGAAAGAAGGAGAUAUGACUGCAUCUGAUGAACAUGUGAAAACUUUUCAGCUUCCUAAAACCCACAUGCAUCAAGAUGAUUUUUUGAAACGGGUCCAGGAAUCUGGAAUUGUGAAGGAUGUUGACACCAUUCUUCGGUUGUUUGAUGCCUUAACUAUCGUCAGUUCUGAAAAGAACAGCCUUAAUUAUCGUGAAAUGACUUCGGAACAAUGUCCAACAUCUAAAGUGGUUUCAAGAUCAGUAUUUUAUUUAUCGGCUGAGACUGGGCAUUUGAAACAGAUUGAUCCUGAGACAUUUAAAGAUUUUUACAACUUUUGGAAGGAAUCUGAGACUGAGGCACAAGAAGUUAACCUGCCCCUGGAAGUGAUAGAGCGCUUGGACAAAAAUGAAUGUGUUUAUAAAUUAUCAUCAUCUGUGAAAACCAAUUAUGGUGUGGGCAAAAUUGCACUGACACAGAAGCGACUGUUUCUUCUUAUAGAGGGAAGACCUGGCUAUGUUGAGAUUGCCAAAUUUAGAGAUAUACUGGAACUUGAAAACAUUUCAGUGAUGUUUUUCCCACUUCGAAUCCCAGCUCUCAAAAUUAAAACUCCUCAUAAGGAACCAUUUAUUGGAAACCUGAAAAAUGAACGUGAUCUUUGGCUGCUAAUUGUGAAGGAAAUGUGGGCUGGGAGAAAAAUGGCUGAUAAGCACAAGGACCCACAGUACAUUCAGCAAGCACUAACCAAUGUUCUGUUAAUGGAUGCUGUGGUUGGAUGCAUGCAGUCUCCUCGAGCUAUUUAUGCAGCUUCCAGAUUGGCUUAUUUUGACCGAAUGAAAAAUAUGGUGCUUCCAAAAACAACUUCAGAAACUUUGAAACACAAGGUAAACCCUUCUGCUGGCCAAACAAGUCCUCAGGCUGUGAAUGCACUUUUAUAUACACCAGGUCAUCUGGUACAUCUAGAAGAGGAUGAAAAUGCAAAUCCAAUAUUAUGGUGUGCAUUAAGUGAAGGUAAAGUAGUGCUGUUUAAUGCAAAAACGUGGUCCAUUCAGCAGCAUUGUAUUCAAGUGGGAAACUCUAAAUUGAACUGUAUGUUGGCAGUGGAGUUCAGCCAAGUUUGGGUUGGUUCACAAGAUUCCUCUGUUUACAUUAUCAAUACUCAUAGCAUGUCCUGCAACAAGCAACUGACUGAACACUUCAGUGAUGUCACCGACAUGGUCUUGGAGGAUAAGUGCUCAAAGUUCAGUCAAAAGCAAGUGUAUUCAUGCAGUCUCGAUGGAAGAGUCAUUUGCUGGGAUGUGCACACAUUAGAGAUAAAGACUAAUUUUCAAUUGUCCAACUGCCACAAGUUAACUUCCAUUAAACUUCACAAUUCUAUGCUCUGGUGUUGUAUAGGAGACGCAUUGCUGGAAGUGAAAAAAAAUGGACAGCUGUUGCGAAAAGUGACGUUACUGGAAAAUCCAAAAGGGAGUUAUGUCCAAUUUAGCAGUUUCCUUGUCUUUCUUGAGGAAAAUCAGUUGGUGACAGCAUGUGCUGAUAAAGGAGAAGUUUGCAUUUGGGAUUUGAAAGAUCUGUCACAACCCUUGCAGAAUAUCCAGCUUCAGGCCUGCAAUAGCAUUAAUUGUAUGAUCCGUGUUAAAAAUCAGCUCUGGAUUGGAGGCAAAGGAUCAGACAAAAUGAGAGGGAAAAUCUAUGUGGUAGACACAAUCAAAUGCCGUGUGGAAAAGGAACUGGUGGCUCAUGUAGACAUGGUUCGAGCACUGUGCAGUAUUGAAGACAAAUAUGUUGUUAGUGGUGCUGGCAAAGAAGAUGGGAAAGUUGCCAUCUGGAAUGUGGGGUUUACCAGUUGAAAAGGAGGCAUCAAACAAGAUCCCUUUCCUUGAUGUGUUAGCUAAAAAAAUUGCCAAUGGAUUCUGUGCUAGUAUCUGCCACAAGCCUACAUUCAAUGGCCAACAUAUGCAUUUAAUUGUAACAGUUUCAUUUGCUGCAAAAUAAGCUCAUGAAUAGACAUUGUGAGAGGACGUAUCAAGACUACCCGCAUCAAAUCAUCAUUCAUGUGAUAUGUGAGUUCUGAUGUCGUUGUGAUAUAUUCUUGCUCCAUUUCCUAUGGCAUUGCACUGACAAUUCAGAUGUUGCCUGCCUUUAAUCAGCUCAUUAUGACUGACAUUUAAAAGAUCUUGCUGCAUCUCUAUGCUAACUAGUCAGCACUCUCUUCUCAUGCUGUAUAUGUUUUUAUUGUUAGAACAAAUAUAUGUAAAGUGUUUGUUAUAUUGCUCAAUCACCCAAUGCGAGCACCAAUAUUCCAUUUUUUAAACGCAACUCAAAAGGCUUUUUAUUCGCAUUUUAGUAGUUUGAAAGAACUCAUGUCAGUUAUUAAUAAAUAAAAAUAAAUUUUAUCCCAGGAGUAUUAUUGAAGUCAUAAUUGAAAAAGGUAUUUAACAUGUUACCCACAGAGGGAUUGUUCUUUUCUUAUCAAAGAGGUUACUACACUUUUGUUAUUACCUGUUACAGUACAUUAUUUCAGAUAGUUAAGCUGUUAAAUAGAAUGUUUUUUUAAACCACAAUGUAACUGAUAGUAAACCUAAGCAAAAUUAGCUGCAUUUAGUGAGUGAUCAAAACCAAAAUAAGUUUCUUUAAUGGGUCAUAUAAAAUGGUUUUUAUUUUCACAAAUGUUAAAUUGAAAUUGUUAUAUAAAUACAAAAUGCUUUGUACAUUAAUUUUUUCUUUAAUGCAGCACUGGUCAUCUCAUACUUGUAUUUCUCAGAUAUUGCAUAUUUUU